UGUACGUUUUUAUUCAGUCGGUUUGCAUGUAUGUAUUAUUCUUAAUUCCUCCUCCACCAGCAUCUCGAUUGUUCCUGAAAACGAAGUUCAACCCUCCCUCCCUCACCCACCAAAACCAUUCCUAUCGUUAGCCAUCCAGCCUAGAUAAUAAAAAAAAAGCUGUUUUAUUUAGUCCGCUAGAUUCAUCAUAUACAAAUGGGGUUUUAUGGAGAAUCAAGGAAGCCAAACCCGAGCGGACGUCAUCAUGGAUUCACUCAGCAGACCAGACAGGAGUUGAAAGAAGCUUUUGACCUAUUCGAUGCCGAUGGCAAUGGUACCAUUGAUGCCAAGGAAUUAAGUAAUGCAAUGAGGGCCCUUGGUUUUGAAAUGACCAGAGAGGAAAUCAGUGACAUGAUAGCAGAAGUAGACAGGGAUGGGAGUGGUGCAAUUGAUUUUGAUGAGUUUGUGUACAUGAUGACUGACAAAAUCUGUGAGAGGAAUAGCAAGAAGGAGCUUACAACAGCUUUCAACAUCCUUGAUCAUGAUAAAAAUGGGAAGAUAUCAAUUCCAGACAUAAAGAACAUUGCUAGGGAGUUGGGUGUACGUUUUACAGAUGCAGAGAUCCAAUCAAUGGUGGAGGAAGCUGAUCGUGAUCCCCUUUGGCUAGGGUUGUUUAUGAGCGAGCCGAGCCAACUUCAAAUCGAGCUCGAACUCAAAACUAAACGAGGCUGCUCAACUAAGCUUGGAGUAAGCUCCUGUAGAUUUUUGAAAUUCAAAAAUUUUGUGUUGCCUGUAUGUAUAGGUAAAUACAACAUUGAAAACUAAUAGGGUUUUUUGAAGAAGUAUUUCACCUUUAGAAAAUGUUUUCACCUUGGAAAAUUUUUCAAUAAUAAUUGUCAUUUCUGUUUGAGAUAGAUGUUAGAGAUCGUAAGGAAACAAUUAUCGUGUUGUAAGUGAGUAAAGAUAAAUUGCCAUUUCAAAUGGCAAUUUAUGACAAAUUGUCAUUUCAAGUGACAACUUCUAACACUCGGGCUACUAAAGAAUGGGAAGAAGGUAGCUAGCACCUUCUAUAACUGUCUGGGAUAGACCACAAUAAAUCUAAAUCACCAUUACAAAUGGCAACUUAUCACACAUAAAGCUAAAUUGUCAUGUAUUGACAUUACAUGUGAGUCUCCAAAAUAGUGAUAUAUUAUUGAAGGACAUUGUUGAAAUAUUGAUUCUUUAAACAUCCAAUUAUUUUGAAAAAUUUGCUCUUGUUUAAAGUCCAAAUUUGUAGACUUAUAUUAUAUGCAUAAAGUAACGGAAGUUAAAUGAAUUCUUUUUAAAGUAACGGUGAUUAAAGUCCAAAUUUGUGGACUUAUAUUAAUUAAAGUGCCUUAAAAACAAAGUUGUAUGAAUUCUUUAAAAAAAACGAAGUUACAGAUUUUUAUUUUCUACAGAAGUGAAGAGAUUACAAAAUUUGGAACAUAAAAAAAUGGUUUAUGUUUUAAAAAUAUGGAUAUAUUAAGUACUUUAUGUGUCAGAAGUUGCCAUUUGAAAUGACGAGUUGUCAUAAAUUGCUGUUUGAAAUGACGAUUUACCUUUAUCAUCUUACAACCCAAUGAUUGUUUCUUUACAAUCUUUGAAAUCUUAGGCCAACAGCAUUCAACAAAUCAUCAUUUCAAAUGAAAGUAGCAUUAUUAUUGAUUUUUUUCCAAGAUGGCAUUACUUGUGAAAACACUUUCAAAAUAUGGAUUAGUUUUGAAAAAAAAAAAAAAAAAAAAAAACUGAAAAUAGUAUUUCUAAUAUAUAU